UGGAAAUUAGUUUACACAAGGGCUAGCUCUUCCCCCUCCAAUUGCCUCUCCAUGGUCCGCGCCCUCCUCCUGCUCCAAUUGCGACUUCUCUUCCAGCGACCCCAGCUCCGCAGCCGACUACCUCGACCUCAAGGGCCUCACUGGCGACCCCAUGUCCAAGCCGUUGUCGACAUUCCAAGUAAUUCUCCGUCCCCAAGCUCUUCUGGAAAUAGUAGAAUCGCCCUAGGCGCCGCCGCCUCACUCCGACAGUUCCGCCGACAUGAAGCGCGUGAGCUAUGGCGCGAGGGAAGUGAUCCGCAGGUAAAUGGGACCUACCCACGCACUGUAGAGGCAUUUAGGCAGAAGAUUCUAGCUGUUGAUAGCACUCUUUGCUUUGCCAGAAUUAUGAUAAACAUAGAUAGCCAUAACUUAGAUAUGCACUGUGGGCUGGUGAAAAAAGGCCGGCACACAGAGGAGAUCGACAGAGGCUGCCAAGAAGAAAAAGAACCAGAAACAAGAAAUCAAGGAGACCUUUUGACGUCGAGGUUCUACACGCCGAAUUUCAAUGAGAUGGAGCAGCUUUUCAACACGAAGAGGUCCACCCGUUUAGUGCAAUUUUCGUUGAGUUUCUGGAGAGGUCGUGUAUGGAUGAGUUUUCGG